AUGCCCGUCCCCGGCGAGCCGUCUCCUCCGGCCUCGCCUCCACGGUACUCGGGCCUCCUCGCCGCUCUCCACAGCUGUAUAUCUUCCGGCAACGCCCCCGCGGCUGUCUCCCUUCUGCCCACCCUCGCUCGCGCCGGCCUGCGCGCGCCGUUCCCGCUCCUCACCUCCCUCGCGAGCCUCCUCCUGCUCCGCCCAGCCGCGCCGUCCUUCCCCUCCCUGGCUGGCCGCCUCCUCCUCUACGUCCGCCUCGCGGGCCUCAAGCGCCUCGUCCCCUGCUCCACUCAGCUGGCCGACCGCCUCCUUUCACUUAACUUCCUCCUGGGCCGCCCGCGCGACGCACGCCGGCUGUUCACCAAAAUGCCCCGCCCCAGGGUCCACUCCUACAACGCCAUGCUCGCUGGGUACGCGCGCCUGGCACUCGCAGAACCCGCUUCUGAGGUCUUUGCCUCCAUGCUACACCGGGAACUCGUCUCUUACAACGCUGUUAUGCUCGCUCUCGGGCGUGGCGGCGAAGCGCGGGGAGCUGUGGAGCUGUACUCCGAGCUCCGAAACAUGUACCCCUCCCUUGGGUACAGCCAUAACACCUUCUUGGCGCUCCUUGUGGCCGGCGCCCAGCUCAUGGAUAGGGAGCUUGCCAGGCAAUUCCAUGGCCAUUUGGUGGUUCUCGGGUUCUUGUCUGAUGUGAAAAUUGCCAGCUCUCUUCUUGAUGUUUAUAGAAAAUGCCAUUGUGUUGAUGAUGCUAGGAAGCUGUUUGACGAGAUGCGUAUCAAGGAUGUGCAUAUGUGGACGACAGUAGUUUGUUCCUGUGCUGAAGAUGGCCAACUGGCUACCGCUCGUCAGCUCUUUGAUCAGAUGCCAGAGAGGAAUGCAUUUUCAUGGAAUGCCCUCAUUGAGGGAUAUGUUUGCCAUGGGCAGCCAAUGGAUGCACUGAAUAUGUUUCAACACUUGAUGAAGGAAGGUUUGCAGCCAGAUCAAAUCACCUUGGGUUGUUGCCUGAGUGCUUGUGCAAAUAUGCAUUCACUGAAACUUGGGCAGCAGAUCCAUGGAAUGUUGCUAAGAUGUGGUUUUGAUCGAAGUGCAAUGAUCAUUAGCUCAAUCAUUGACAUGUAUUCAAAAUGCAGCUUUUUGUCUGGUGCCAUAGAGGUGUUCAGCCUAGCAGGUAGGGAAAGGAAGAAUGCAGUGUUGUGGAAUGUCAUGUUGUCUGCUCUGUGUCAUCAUGGUCAUGAACAGGAUGCGAUUGGAUUGUUUGUUCAGAUGAUUCAUGAAAGACAGAAGCCUGAUGCUAAUACAUUCUUUCUGGUUUUGACGGCUUGCUGCCACUGUGGCCUAGUUGAAGAAGGGAUGAAUUUUUUUGAUUUGAUGAGUGAGAGAUACAGGAUUGUUCCAGGACAAGAGCACUAUUUUUGUAUGGUUGAUUUGGUUAGCCAUGCAUCAUCCAAUGAUAAAGUAAUUGAAUGGAUCAAAAGCUCACCAUUUAGUUUUAAUGUACGAGUUUGGGAAGUUCUUGUUAGGAAUUGCACCAUACAUGGGAACAUUGAAUUGUUGAAUAAGGUAGAGGAGCAACUGGCUAGAUUGGACCAUCCAGAAUGA